UCAGGAUAUGGAGGAGGAGAUGAUAAAUGAAGAAAUUGUUGGGGAUGAUGUGAUCCUUCCAGGGUUCAGAUUUCAUCCGACCGACGAAGAACUCGUCGGGUUCUACUUGAAAAGGAAGAUUCAACAGCUCCCUCUAUCCAUUGAACUCAUAAGACAACUAGACAUCUACAAAUAUGAUCCGUGGGAUCUCCCAAAGCUGGCGAGGAGCGGGGAGAGGGAGUGGUAUUUUUACUGCCCAAGGGACAGAAAAUACAGAAACAGCGCAAGGCCAAACCGAGUGACAGGAGCCGGGUUUUGGAAAGCAACAGGAACCGACCGGCCCAUCUACUCUGCAAAUGGCGCCGCCAAAUGCAUUAUUGGGCUUAAGAAGUCGCUUGUGUUCUACAGAGGCAGAGCUUCCAAGGCCUUCAAAACGGACUGGAUGAUGCAUGAGUUUCGCCUUCCCCCGGCCCAGGCCCAGGCCCAGGCCCAACCCAUCGCCACCAACGUUAUUCCACCAAACGAUUCGUUGGCGAUAUGUCGGAUAUUCAAGAAAACAAGCACUUCCGGAGCUCCAAGAGGCGUUUCUUCUGUUUCUUGCAGCUUACCAAAAGAUGAAAUAUCAUCAUACAAAAUUAGCACCACCCCAAGUGAUGUCAUGCCUUGUAAUUUGGCAAACUCGGGGUUUGAUUAUCCAGAGGCGAAACUCCCUGAGCUUUGGAAUGAUCCAAAUGAGGCGUUGUUCAGUACAUUUCCGGCCAUGGAUGCGUGGGAGAUUCCCAAAUCUGCAGCACUCGACGUCGACGUUUCCUCCAUACUUGUAAAUAUGUGGUCUUCGGCCUCUUCGGAUCUCCCUCGCACUCACUUGGGUUCCUCCUCGUCUGAUCCGUUAUUGCAUGUCCAACGGAAUGCCUUGUUAGAGUCACCAUUGUCGCCGUCGAUUCAAUAUCCUCUUACUUCCAUUUGGGACAAUUUAUUGAAUCACGAUUGAGUAUUAAUAUGUCUUUAAGUUCGUUCUAUUAACUCAUCGACCAUGAGGAAGAAUCUAUUCUUCCUCACCAUUUAAAUAUUUUGUCAAUUUUUGAAUGGUGAUAAAGGACACGAUUUGAUAGUGAGGUUUUUUUUUAAUUAU